GAACGAAGACUUAGGAGGGAAGAUGAUCAAAGAAGGUUAGAAGAGGUAACGAAACAAAAAGAGUUAGAUUUGAAGAUAAGUGAAAGUAGGAAAGUUAUUGGGACAUCGUCUGAGGGUCUUAGUAAAAUCCCCUGUAUGCCAGCGUUCCGAGAAAAAACGGAUGAACUAGAUGCGUACAUAGACCGUUUUGAACGGCAUGCAACUUUGAGUAAAUGGCCAAAGGAUUGUUGGGCGUCUGCUCUAGGCAACUUGUUGACAGGUCCCGCCCUAGAUGUAUAUUGUUCAAUAAGCGCAGAGGAGGCAACCGAUUACGAUCUCCUUAAGAAUAUGCUAUUGCAAUACUUUGCUCUUACGAGUGAAGGAAAUUGGAAACGCUUUCGCGAAGCGAAGAAAGGCGGAGAAGAAUCUUAUUACCAAUAUGCUAACCGUUUGAUUCGUUACGUCACGCGCUGCAUUGAUUUGAGCGGCAAAGAAAAGACAUUUGAUGCGUUGUUGGAUGUAAUAGUUCGUGAACACAUUUACGAGACCUCGGAGCGUUCAUUGUCUGUAUUUAUGCGGGAGAGAAAUCCUGAAAACAUUCCAGAGCUAAUUUUGCUAGCUGAGCAAUAUAGGAGUGCGCAUGUGUCAGCUACAACUGACCUCGGUAGACGCGCACGCCGUGAAGAAAAUGCUCGCAAAUUGAGAGAUGGUAAAAGUAAGGACUGGAGCGACAAAAGUCCUAAUCCAAAAGCUUGCUAUACUUGCGGUAAAUCAGGUCAUUUUAUGGCUAGGUGUCCAAACAAAAAGGGCAGUAAUUCGAGAGACGGGUCAGGCAAGUUAAGCUCGGAUUCGCGUAAGCAAUCUGUGAACGCAUGCGUAGUCGGCGUAUGUCCGGAUACGUCAACACCGCAAACGCAAGAUGUUGGUCCAGAUUCAGCUACGGUAAAGCUGCAGUGUGGUCAUGAAAUUCCGUUGCUUUAUACGGCUUGCACAGUAGAAUCAGAUAUGCCCACUUGUGAUGGCAGUAUAAAUGGCAAGAAAAUAACAGUUUUGCGCGAUUCAGGUUGUAGUUGCGUGAUUGUUCGUACGGAUUUAGUGGAGAAGGCUCAGUUUACAGGAAAAACAAAGCUAUGUAUGCUAAUUGACCGAACAAUUAGACGGAUGCUAGAGGCAAGGCUGUAUAUUAGUACCCCAUAUUUCCAAGGUAAUGUGACAGCAUUAUGUGUUGAUAACCCGUUGUAUGAUUUAGUCAUCGGAAAUAUUACAGGUGCCAGGAAACCUGGAGAUGAGGAUCAGAACUGGGUCUACACUGAGGCGAGUGACGGCGAGUCAUCCAUCAAGGAGGAUAGAUCUCCCUGUGACAGUGAUCCUGAUGACAUAAAGGAGACACCUGUAAGAGAGCAGAGUACGCCCUCAUCGUCGGAGACCACAGAAGAUGAUUUGUCAGGCGUUACUCAAGUACCAGACGAAAAGAUUCCGAAUGAUGUAUCCCAGCCACACAGCCAGGAUGAUGUCAUCAUUCAGGAGCAACCAAGUGAGUUGAUGAGUGAGUCAACUAUCCAUGAGGAGAUGGAACAAGGAGCAGGAGUGGAGACUCGAGGGACGAAGAGACGAAAGGAUCGGCCAUUUAUGAGUCUUGGAUCGGCGAAGCAGCAGGAGUGUACCGCUACCCGUGAAGAUGUUAUUGCAGCACAGAAGGCAGAUGCAACGCUGAAGAAACUAAGAGAUUUAGCAGAAAAGGGUGAGUCAAAGCUUGUAGGGAAGAAUAGCGAAGUGAGAUUUUACUUCAAGAAUGGUCUUCUAUUCCGUGAAUACAGGUCACUAGGUAACACCCAGGGGAAGACGUUUACUCAACUGUUGGUACCCAAGCCGUUCAGAUCUCAAGUUCUUCGACUAGCUCAUGACUCUGCAUUAGCUGGACAUCUGAAGACAAGGAAGACGAUUGACAGGAUCCUGACGCAAUUCUUCUGGCCUGGACUACAAUCCGAUGUCAAGCGUUAUUGUGCUUCUUGCGACGCAUGUCAACGUACAAUGCCUAAAGGACGGAUUGGAACGACUAGAGUCGACUUGUGAGCUCGCUAGGAAGGAGCUUACGAAGGCUUCAACGAAGUACAAGACACACUUCGACGUUAAGGCGAAGGAGAGGAGAUUUGAGUGUGGUGAUCAAGUUCUUCUACUUCUACCAACUAGCAGCAAUAAGCUACUCAUGCAUUGGAGAGGUCCUUAUGAGGUCGUGAAGAGGGUUGCUAGGAACAACUACAAGUUGAUGGUGAAUGGAAAAGAGAAGACUUAUCACGCCAACCUACUGAAGAGGUAUGUCGAGAGGGAGCAUG